AUUAAACAUGGUUGGAAAAGUACUCUCCCCCGCCCAAGAAAAAGAAUGCGACAGAAUUGCUUUCAACAACGGUCUCAAGGGUGCUGCCCUGGGUCUCGGUUUGGGUCUUGUAGCUACUGUCAUGACUUUCCGUCGCUCUCCUGAGUUCAGAGCACUCAGCAGACCCUUCCAGUCCAUCAUGGCUGUAUCAGGCGCUAGUGCUGGUUAUCUUUUUGCCGCCGAUCGUGCAAGCAGUGCAUACGAAAACAGAGUUCUUGGAUACACUGACGAAGAAAUGCUUACUAGCCUGAACAGACGCCAGAACCCCAACGCUGCUCCAUUGUCUACUACUGACCAUGUUCUCCACUACCUGAACGACAACCGCUGGACUGUCAUUGGUGUUUCAUGGGCUGUGUCUAUGGUUGGUGCUCUCGGUCUCAGUUUCUCCAACCGAUUCUUGACUACACAGCAAAAGAUUGUCCAGGCUCGUAUGUAUGCUCAGGCAGUAACCAUUGCUGUCUUGAUGGCUUCAGCUGGUAUUUCGGUCUAUGUCGGAGAUGACGACAAGAAGAACAGAAAGGAGCAGCCCGAUGCCCAGCUCCGUGCUGUUCUUGAUCUUCCUAAUAACCCUGCUUACUACGAGCCCAAGGCCGUGAAGCACGAAGAAUUGAAGCAAAAGUCAUCCUAAUGUUAAUUAUACGAACAAACAAAAAGCACCGCCAACCCCCUUUGUAUUUAUAAAUCCAUUUUUCUACACGCGCACACAAACACCUUUGCCCUUUGCCCUUUGCCCUUUCCUUCCUUACCUUCAUGUAAACCUUACAUAAUAUAUUACACCAUAAAGACAGUCAGACGGAGAAGAAGAGAAAAAAAAACAUUUAUAUAUACAUAAAUAAAAUAUCUUACUAUAAAGAAAAGUUUAACACAC